CAUGAGAAAAGUGAAUUUGUCAAACAUUUUUACACUAGUAUUACCUGCAUAAAAUUUCCUUGUAGCUGCGCCGUAGCACUAAACCGACGGUUGGAGCAUCUGCCAAGAUGACAAUGGACGACGAAAGUUCGAUAUACGUUGGCGGUCUACCGUAUAGUACUACCGAAGAAACUCUCCGGAAAGUCUUUGAUAUAUACGGCUCCGUGGUCGAAGUCAAGAUAAUAAAUGACCAUCAAGUUAGGGGAAAGUGUUAUGGUUUUGUCACCUUCACAAACCCUCGAUCUGCUCAGCAGGCUAUCUCUGAUAUGGAUGGACAGACCAUGGAUGGGCGGGCCAUACGAGUAAAUGACGUCAAGACCAGAGGUGGUAGGUCAAAUUUUGGUCAUCAAACUUCUCAUCGUCACACUAGAAGAGGCUUGGACAGCGGCAAAGGUACCUGGGAAAGAGACAGUGAUUAUGAUUAUGAUAGACAUAAGGAUGGACAUAUGGACCGGUCUCAAGACCGUGAUCACUACAGGGAGAGAGAAUACCCUAGAAUACAUAAUCGUGGUCGAGAAAGAGACUAUAAUGGGGAUAGAGAUAAAGCUGAAAACUACAGAAGAGAUAUGGAUUAUGAUAAAGACCAUCAAAGUAAUAAUAGUGACAGCUUUGAAAGAAUCAGAGAUCAGCGUAGAAAGAGGCAGAAGAAUGAUGACAAUCAUGAAAGAAGAGAUAGGGGACUAACUUCUAAGUUAACUAAUGGGUCUAGUAUACAUCUCUUUAAUAGAGAUCAUUCACCCGAAUCAAGUGAAAACAACCAUGACGAGGUCGAAAAACAACUGGAGAUUUCAAAUAGAAAGCUUGAUGAACUUCAACAUGAGAUACCUCAGAUUGAGGAAAAGCUGCAGCAGAAGACAAUGUUUGUUUCAGAGUUACAGGAAAAGCUUCAGAAGCUAGAGGAUUCACUAAAAGCUGUAAAGUCGCUGAGGUUGCAGAGGCAGCUACAAGUGGCCAAGUUGCACAAAUGUUAUCUCCAUGUACGAGAUUGUGGUGAAAGACUUAAAGCUUCUGAACAGGAGUUACAGUCACUGGUCCAUUCAACAAUGCUGGACAUGGAAUGUGAUGGCCAUGGUUUCGAUAUAGAGGUUUGAUAAUUUAAUAUAGUUGAUGUUUUUUUGGAACUCUAUCCCUCAUAUUGCAGGGAAAGAACAUGAUUUGGUGUGUGAAGAUCAACAUAAUAUAUCUGUCUAUUCGGGCUUUAUGUCAACUGCCAUUUGGCUACAUAUAUAUCGUUUAAUGGGUAACUGACAAAUGUAAUUGUACUUGGUGGAAUGCUUUAAAUUUCUAGUUCGAGGCACAAGUGCACAACUGUACUUGCACGUCGAUGUAUUUAGGACAGAGCUGAAGAACAAAACUACUUUUAAA